GUCUGUGCAAACGGCCGUGGCGUCGUCAUCGCCCCCAAAGUGCCGCGGCAUCUUGUGGCAUCACCUUAAAAAUGUCAGAUCUACACAUGAUGGCAUCACCCCAAAACAUGGGCCGUGGGAAAGGCUCGACCCGAAACGCCGCGCAGUCGAGGCACCAUCUGCUGACGUCAUUUGUCCGCGACGAGGAAUCUACGAUGGCCGAAUCAGAGACAAAAAAGGCAAUCAAGUUGGUUCCAGAGUAUCUUCUGAAAAAGAGGAAGGCAUACCAGGCAAUCAAAGCCACGCAAGCCAAACUCGCACUGCUCGAGAAGAGAAGGGUGACUAAAGGGAAAAUCAAGUUCAAGCGUUUGGAAGAUUUCUUAAAGGAAAGCCGCACACAGCAUCGGGAUGACACCCGCAUUCAAAGGGUCAAACAGAGACCAGCUGAACCACUGCCUCCAGCCAAGAACAAGCUUGCCUUCGCCGUCCGCAUUAGACAGACUAAAGGUGUCAGUCCUAAAGUGAUGAAAGUGAUCCAGAUGAUGAGGCUGAGGAAGAUCUUCAGUGGGACCUUUGUCAAAAUUAACAAGACCUCCAUCGCCAUGAUGAAGAUGGUGGAGCCUUAUGUGGCGUGGGGAUUUCCCAACCUGAAGUCGGUUCGUGAGCUCAUUCUGAAGAGAGGUCAGACCAGGAUAGGCAGAAGGAGAGUUCCCCUCACAGAUAACACCUUCAUCGAGGAGCACAUGGGUAAACACGGAAUCAUCUGCUUGGAGGACCUGAUUCACGAGAUCUACUCUGUUGGGAAGAACUUUCGAGCUGCCAAUAACUUCCUAUUGCCGUUCAGGCUGUCAGUGGCUCGUCACUCCAUCAAAGACAAAGCUGGGCUCCUGAAGGACCUGGGAAACCCAGGGUACCGCGGCACAGAUAUCAAUGUAAUCAUCAGACAGCUGAACUGAGGGGGAGCACGUGCAGGAUGGACACUGGGCUGGACAUCAGUUUCAGAGACACUGUACCUGUUGAGGAGCAGUUGUCACUUCUUUGGCAGAGAAGGUCUUAUUACUCGUUCUGUGGAGGUUCUUGCCUUAUCAUGUAUGAAUUAUGUUAAAAUAUUAAAGUUAACACAUACAUUAAGAUUCCUCAGGUUUUCUGAGGAACAGUCAAUACUUGCUACUUACGCAAGGUUAUUAAUGAAAUGAUCUAGGAGGGCUAUUCUCUAUGCUGAAGCCAGCAGCCCACCUGCUAUAAACUCUUAUGGGGUCUGUAACCUCCAGUGUCAAUAGGUUUAAUGUGUGCAGCAUACUCACAAAACUGAUUGCUGUUAUUGAAGAGGGUGAUGGAUGGUAUUGAUUUAUGUUAUAAUACUUUUUGUUUUACAAUUAAAAAACAAAACUAAAUGAC